UAUGGAAGCAUAUGGGUAGCAGUAUUCAAUUUGAAAUGUAAUAUGCAAAAUGGCAAUGCAUUUCUGUAUGUAAGUUUACAUUUUCCAUACCAUAUGUGCAAUGUUUGGAGUGAAAUAAUUCAAAUUCAAUAAUAUAAUUUACAUUUGCUAUUUCCUACACUAGUUUUAACACAUAAUUUAAACAUAUUUAAAUGCUUUAUGAGUUGCAAAAUUAAAAUUAAAAUGUAUUACAGAAAUUAUAUAUUUUUAACAUAUUCAAGCAAAUAUUGUAGCAAAAUGACCAUUUAAAUGUUAUUUUCUUAAUUGCAUUUGCACUCACUGUUAAGACACUUGUGAUUGCAUUGCAUUUCAUUAAAUGUCCCACAAUGAAAGUAGCAAAAUUCAAUGCGUGAUUGAAAAUACAUUCCAAACCGAUCACGCCCCCGCCCCGCCCUGUCAAUCAUUGCGUCAAGGUGGCGCCAGGUGUUGGACACAUGGCAACAGCAGAGCUAUAAAGAGCUAGGCAUAUACUGGCAGAUUAAGUAGAGCAAGAACAGAGAAAUGUUAAUGUUCCUGAAGAUUAUGCGGGCCCGUCAGUGAUAGAACCAGUAGGCUACAUUAUUAGAACCAUAGAUAUUUAUGGUUAGGACAUCUCACAGAGAACACUCCUGGCGCUCAUGCAAGUUAUUGUGAGCGCUGUCUCAUAUCUGUAGAAGUGCUGAAAUAAAAUAAAUCAACUAAAAUAAUUUAUAUGGGCUAAACAAAGUCUGCUUGGCCACACACCAUUCACCGUUCUGCUCUCUUGCGUGUUGUUACUACUUUCUGCAGCAUGAUUGCCCCGAGGGGUGUCCUAUGAGUGUAAAAUUCCGCAUUCCUCCAGUGGCACAGCCCUGCCGUGCACGAGCACUGUAACAUAGCGGCACAGAUUGAGACAGUACAGUGGAUAUCACCUGCGCGAGAAUCAUCCUGUCCGGACAGCUUCUGACAUACCGAGGAGGACAUGAAAGUUUCAGUUGAUUAUUUGCUUUAAAUGAAUGGUUAAUGACUUGGUGUAAUGAACAGAAGCUGCUCUUUGUAAACAAUUGGAAUAUUUUCUGGGAGCGACCUAGGCUCUUCCGUGCUGAUGGCUUGCACCCCAGCAGAAUUGGAGUGGAUCUCUUGUCGGACAACAUCUUAAAGACGCUACGCACCGUAUGACUAGUGAAGGACCCACGGGGAACGGAGAACAGAUGAUGGAAGACAAAUGGGAGAUUAAGCCCUGUUCAGUCAAGGAGAUGAGCUCAAACCCAGAGUCCAGCUAUGUGUCCAUGAAGAGUGACUGGUCUAUGAUUAAGCCACUAAAGUAUAAGAGAGGAAACAAACGGCCUGAUCUCAGCCAUGACUCUAAACCCGCCAAAGUCCUCAAUACAUUGAGAUCAAAUCUGAGAAAGAAGUUUGAGUGUUUGUAUGAGGGAAUAUCAAAGCAGAUCUACACAGAGCUCUACAUCACAGAGAGUGAAAGUGGAGAGAUCAGUAAUGAGCAUGAGGUGAGACAGAUUGAGACACAGUCCAGGAGAGCAGAAACAGAGGACACACCGAUAAAAUGCAGUGACAUCUUUAGACCUUUAUCUGGACAAGACAAACCCAUCAGAACUGUGCUGACAAAGGGAGUUGCUGGCAUUGGAAAAACAGUCUCUGUGCAGAAGUUCAUCCUGGACUGGGCUGAAGGGAAAAAGAAUCAGGACGUCCAGCUCAUAUUUCCACUUCCUUUCAGAGAGCUCAACUUGAUGAAGGACAAAACACUCAGUCUUUCAGAUCUUCUUCAUGUCUUUUUCCCUGAAACAAAAGAAAUGGAAAUAUCCAGUGAUAAGUAUAAAGUUUCAUUCAUCUUUGAUGGUCUGGAUGAGUGUCGUCUGUCUCUGGAUUUUCAGAGUGAUGUGAGGUUGUGUGAUGUGACUGAAUUAGCCUCAGUGGAUGUGCUGCUGAUGAACCUCAUUGUGGGGAAUCUGCUUCCCUCUGCUCUCAUCUGGAUCACCUCCAGACCAGCAGCAGCUGAUCUCGUCCCCUCUGAGUGUGUCCAUCGACUGACAGAGAUACGAGGAUUCAGUGACCCACAGAAGGAGGAAUACUUCAGGAAGAGAAUCAGUGAUCAGAGUCUGGCCUACAGGAUCAUCUCACACCUGAAGUCAUCAAGGAGCCUCUUUAUUAUGUGUCACAUCCCAGUGUUCUGCUGGAUCUCAGCCACUGUUCUAAAGAAGAUUUUGAGGAAAUCAUGGAAAGGAAAGCUCCCAAAGACUCUCACUGAAAUGUACACACACUUCCUGAUUAUUCAGACCAAACAUGAGAAGGACUAUGAGAAGAAAGUGAAAGAUGAAGACAUGAUCCUCAAACUGGGGAAACUAGCUUAUCAGCAGCUUAUGAAAGGCAAUCUGAUUUUCUAUGAGGAAGACCUGAGAGAGUGUGAAUUUGAUGUGAAAGAAGCAUCAGUGUACUCACAGUUGUGCUCUCAGAUCUUCAGAGAGGAGUUGGGCUUGUAUAAGGAGAAGGUUUUCUCCUUUGUUCAUCUGAGCAUUCAGGAACAUCUAGCAGCCCUAUAUGUGCAUCUCUCCUUCAUAAACAAGAACAUCAAUGUGUUUGACCAGAUUACCAAACCAACUAAUGAAGACACUGUUUCACUAUCUGAUCUCCAUCAGAGAGCUGUGGAUGAGGCUUUAGACAGUAAAAAUGGGCAUCUGGACCUUUUCCUUCGUUUCCUUCUGGGUCUGUCAGUGGAGUCUAAUCAGAGUCUCUUACAAGAACUAAAGACACAGACAGGAAACAGCUCUCACAACAAUGAGAAAACAGUUGACUAUAUUAAAGAGAAGAUCAGUGAGAAUCCCUCUCCAGAUAAAUACAUCAAUCUGUUUCACUGUCUGAAUGAAUUGGGUGAUCUUUCACUAGUGAAUGAAGUUCUACCUCAUACGAGAAAAAAAGGAUUACGAGAUGUGAAACUCUCCUCAUCUCAGUGGUCAGCUUUAGUUUUUGUGUUGUUGACCUCAGAGCGGACAAUGCAGGAAUUUAACCUGAACUACUUAAUUGGAGCUGAAAAUUAUCAUGAUGCGGAAAAUACAGCAGAUGAAGUUCUUCAGAAGCUGCUUCCUGUGGUUACAGCAACUAGAUCAGCGGAGUUGUGGGAUUGUGGUGUCACAGAUGAAGGUUGUGCUGCUCUGGCUUCAGCUCUGAGAUCAAACCCCUCACACCUGAGAGUACUGGAUCUGUCAGAGAAUAAUCUAGGAGACUCAGGAGUGAAGCUGCUCUCUGCUUUACUGGAGAAUACUCACUGUAAACUGGAGACACUGUGGUUGAGAUAUUGUGGAGUCACAGAUGAAGGAUGUGCUGCUCUGGCUUCAGCUCUGAGCUCAAACCCCUCACACCUUAGACAUCUGAGUCUGUCAUAUAAUAAUCUAGGAGACUCAGGAGUGAAGCUGCUCUCUGCUGUACUGGAGAAUCCUCACUGUAAUCUGGCGUAUCUGUGGUUGUGGAAGUGUGGUGUCACAGAUAAAGGUUGUGCUGCUCUGGCUUCAGCUCUGAGAUCAAACCCCUCACACCUGAGAGAACUGGAUCUGUCUGAGAAUAAACCAGGAGACUCAGGAUUGAAGCUUCUUUCUGCUGUACUGAAGAAUCCUCACUGUAAACUGGAGAAACUAGCGUUGAGUUAUUCUGGUGUCACAGAUGAAGGUUAUGUUGCUCUGGCUUUGGCUCUGAGAUCAAACCCCUCACACCUGAGAGUUCUGGAUCUGUCUGAGAAUACUCUAGGAGACUCAGGAUUGAAACUGCUCUCUGCUGUACUGGAGAAUCUUCACUGUAAACUGGAGGAACUGAAGUUGAGAUAUUGUAGUGUCACAGAUGAAGGUUGUGCUGCUCUGGCUUCAGCUCUGAGAUCAAACCCCUCACACCUGAGAAAACUGGAUCUGUCAGAGAAUACUCUAGGAGACUCAGGAUGGAAGCUUCUUUCUGUUGUACUGGAGAAUCCUCACUGUAAACUGGAGGAACUGAGGUUGAGAUAUUGUGGUGUCACAGAUGAAGGUUGUGCUGCUCUGGCUUCAGCUCUGAGAUCAAACCCCUCACACCUGAGAGAACUGGAUCUGACUGGAAAUAAACUAGGAGACUUAGGAUUGAAUCUUCUUUCUGCUGUACUGGAGAAUCCUCUCUGUAAACUGGAGGAACUCAAGUUGUAUGACUGUGGUGUCACAGAUGAAGGUUGUGCUGCUCUGGCUUCAGCUCUGAGAUCAAACCCCUCACACCUGAGAGAUCUGGAUCUGUCUGAGAAUAAUCUAGGGCACUCAGGAGUGAAGCUGCUAUCUGAUCUGAAGGAUGAUCCACAUUAUAAACUGGAGACACUAAGACUGAAGCCCUCUGUGCCUGAACCUUCUGAAAUGAAUCUUCACUGUCAGUCUUGUGUUCACAUUGUUGAUUGUGAUCAGUGGGUUCAGGUGGAUCCGUCUGUCUGUACAGAUGAAGGAGGGUCAAAGUUCAGGAUCAGCACUCCGGCGGGUCGAUUUGAGUGCAGCAGGACCAGAAUAAGAUGGGUCUGUGCUGGUGACGUCACUCUCCAGUACUGUGAAGUGGAUGGAGGUUUCCUCAGUGAAGAGAUAAAUAGGCUUCAGUAUGAGCGAAUUGGACCAGUGAUUGAUGUGACAGUGAUCUCAGGCAAACUGGAGGAGGCCCAUCUGCCUCAUUACGCCUGUUUAGCAGAGUCGGACCCCUCUCUUCAAGAUGCUGUGAAGCUCCUCAGCAAAAGAGAUGAAGGAAUAUCUUUACAAUCUGUAGAGUUGACCCGUUAUCAUGCCAAAAUACUCCAACCAUCCUUCUCUCUUACAACUCUAAUUAAAAGCUGGAUCAUGUCAUGGGAAGUACACUGCGAUCUUCUUCUCUAUAUGCGGUGUAAAGAUCCUCUCAUUCUUCACAUCUACUUUUUUCCAGUGAAUGACACUUGUUCAAAAGAGAAAGUUGAGCAGAACGAAAAAUCAAGUAAUCUGAUCAGCCAUCCCAGACCUAAUAGACCAUUUCAGAUGAAAACACCGCACCUUCUUGAGGUUCCUGGUGCCUCUGUUCAUCCCAUAGAGGGCAUUUCAUUUAGAACAGAUGUUGACCCAAACUUCUUCAAGGUCAUGCAGUGCCAGCAUGGUGACAUACAAAUGAAUCUUGUCAGAGAGGAGGACAAGAAGUCUGUGUGGAUUGCCACAAUUUGGAAAGAGGAACUUUUCCAGUUAAAUCAAAGGCAAGUCCAAGAUGAGCCGGAACAGAAUUUUGAGAUUGAUAAAGUUCAAUUUUUUGAUGAACACAGAUUGGCUCUAAUUCAAAGGGUUAAAAAUGUGAAGAGCAUUGCAGAUCAACUUUUUGAACAGAGAAUAAUUCAUCAGGAACUAUAUUCUGAAAUCACAGAUACUCAUUUAACCAGUCAGGAUAGUAUGAGAAAGAUCUGUUCCACAGUCCAUUCAAGUGGUAUGACUGCAAAAGCUCAAUUCAUUGUGAUUCUUCAGGAACAGGAGCCCUACCUCUUUGAAGAACUGCAUUCUGAUUAUUAUUCUUAUUAAUUUGCUUUAGAACAACAACUGCAAUCCUAUCCUGGACAACCAUUUAGGUGAUCAUGUUGACCAGUCUUUAAGAUUUGACAAACAAAUCUCCUCCGUAAUUGGAUCCAGCUUUUAUCAGCUUCGCCUUCUGUCUAAAAUCAAAGACUUUGUUACUCCAAAAACUCUAGAAAUGGCUGUUCAUGCAUUUGUUACAUCUCGGCUAGAUUACUGCAACUCCUUAUAUUGCAGUAUUUCUAAAUCUCUUAUUGCUUGUCUUCAGCUAGUCCAAAACGCUGCGGCCAGACUUCUCCACAAGUGUCGUAAACAUGAACACAUCACUCUUAUUCUUAGAUCUCUUCACUGGUUGCCUGUUCAUCAGAGAAUAGACUUUAAAAUUCUCCUUUUGGUAUAUAAAUCUCUACAUAAUCUAGCUCCUCUUUACCUUUCUAAAUUUCUUCAUCACUACACUCUGUCUAGAAGCUUAACACUCUGAGGUCUGAAGGUAUCGCCGGCGAUACCACCGUGGUUUUUUUCUUAUCAGUGUGAAAGAGACUCAAAAUACUCCGUCAAUGUUGCACAUACAAUUAAG